GCUGUUAAGCCCCGCCCUCCUACUUCCCGCCCGCGCCGGUGGCGGUGGUACCGGCCCUGCUAUGCAGCGCCUGGCCCUGCCGCUCCUGGCCCGCCUGGUCCGCGCCCGGCCCUGGGUCCCGCUGCGGCGGCGCGGGGCGGCGGCAGCCGACGAUGAGGAUGAGCCCUUUGUUUUUCCCGAGUAUGAGCCGGAGCUGAGCGAGGCGGCGGCGGCGGCGGCGGCAGGAGCAGAGGCAGCAGUAACGGCGGCAGCGGUGGCGGUAGCAGCGCCUCGGCGGCAGUGGGAGCCGCGCCGGGAGUGGGUCCCGCCGGGUCAGUCCGACCCCUCGGUGCCGCCGAGCGGCGUGAGCUGCUCGGGCUGUGGGGCCGAGCUGCACUGUCGCGACAGCGCGGCGCCGGGCUUUAUUCCGGCGGAGAAGUACCAGAGCCUGUCAGAGGGCGUGGACGGCGCGGCGGGGCUGGGGGGUGCCGUGUGCCAGCGCUGCUGGCUGUUGGCCCACCACGGCCGGGCCCUGCGGCUGCAGCUGCCGCCCGAGCAGCACCGCCAGGUGUUGAGCGCCGCCCUGCGCCGCCCGCCCCGCCACGGCCGCGGCCCGCUCCUCCUCUACAUCCUCGACGUGCUGGAGCUACCCGAUCCGGUGCUGCCCCAGCUGCCAGCACUGCUGGCCCCCGACGUCCCCAUCGCCGGCCUACUGGUGGUGGGCAACAAGGUGGACCUGCUGCCCGCCGACUCCUCCGGGCACCUGGGGCGGCUGCGGCAGCGGGUGGCGGCAGCCUGCACCCAGGCGGGCCUGCACGGAGCCCCGCUGGUGGAUGUCCGCCUGGUGAGCGCCAAGACGGGCUUUGGCCUGGAGGGACUGGUCAACAGGCUGCAGCACUCCUGGAAGUGCGCUGGCGAUGUCUAUCUGCUGGGUGCCACCAACUCCGGCAAGUCGACGCUCUUCAAUGCCCUGCUGUACUCCGACUACUGCAAGUCCCGUGCCCCUGACGUCGUCGAUAGGGCCACCGUCUCCCCCUGGCCAGGAACAACACUGAACCUGUUGAAAUUUCCAGUUAUUAACCCUACGUGUGACAGGAUAUUCCGAAGGCAGGAGAGGCUGAAAGAGGAGGCAGCAAAAACAGAAGAUCAGUUAAGCAGUGAAGAAAAAAAGCACCUUAAUCGCCUUAAAAAGCAGGGUUACUUAGUGGGAAGAGUGGGAAGAACAUUUCAACGGCAGAAGUCUAACCCUGUGGUUGAGUUUGACCCCGACCUGCUCUCGUACAGCAUAGAUGAAGAUCCCAAGCAUUCCCCUAGGAAGCAUGAGGAAAGGGAAGAGUUCACCUACAACGAAGUGAAGGAUGCUCGCUGGUGUUAUGACACUCCAGGGAUUAUAAAGGAAGACUGUGUUUUAAAUGUCCUGACAGAGAAAGAAGUAAAGCUGGUUUUGCCAACACAUGCCAUCAUUCCACGGACCUUCAUUCUCAAGCCAGGCAUGGUCUUGUUUUUAGCAGCCUUGGGACGUGUGGACUACUUACAGGGACAAAAGCCUGCCUGGUUUUCUGUUGUGGCUUCUAACCUGUUGCCAGUCCACAUUUCUACCCUGAGUAAUGCAGACAACAUCUACAAGAAGCAUGCUGGUAAAGAGUUACUAAAGGUUCCCAUGGGUGGGGAAGAGCGAAUGAAAGAGUUCCCCCCCCUUGUCCCUCAGGACAUUACACUGAAGGGAAUUGGUACUACUGAGGCAGUCGCAGAUAUCAAGCUUUCCUCUGCAGGCUGGGUGGCAGUGACAGCUCAUGCGGAAGAGAAACUGCUGCUCCGAGCCUAUACACCCAGGGGCACCGCAUUGGUGGUACGGGAGCCUCCCCUUCUGCCGUACAUCAGUACCGUCAGAGGGGCCCGGAUUGCAGGCAGUGCUGCUUAUAGGACCAAAAAGCCUCCUUCCCUGGUGGAAAACCUGAAAACCACAGGGAGGAAAUAGCACUUCUCAUCAUCUGAGCAAGGUAGAAGACGGAGCAGCCUCUGGGGAACCUCAUUGCUUAUUGAUAUUCAGGAGAGCUUGGACUUCUUUUUAAAGGUAGACCUGCACAUUUUUUGAAAGCAGGCCUAGUGGGGAGUAAAGUGCCUGAUUCAGGACUCCACAAGUCCAUGCCUGAUCCAGCUACCGAACUGCAGCCAUUUUGAAAGGCUGGUACCUCCCUGUGCAAGGUGAAACAUCUCCCUGGGACCUGCCAGUAUCUAUGAGCAAAUCCCUUUACCUGUCCCUUCUUGGAAUACAGGGUGGAAACUAACCUGCCUGCCCUGGGCUGGCUUUGCUGCUCAUAGGGUAGGUCUUCUCUUGCAGGCACGCUUCCACAGGUCAAAAACCGUCACCCUGUUCUGGGAGGCUUUAUGGUGUUUCUAGAGGUGGAGGGGGUGGGGAGGAGCGAGGAAUGCUCCAGCAUGAGUAUGACCCCCUCCUAGUGGCUGAUAGUAAUUUAGCAAUAUUGACCAAAAAUCAGGUCCUUUCGGUCCUUCAAUAUCUGGGGGAGAUGAGGGAGUGCAACGCCCUGCUUUUGGACACAGGAAAGGUAAAUUAAUAAGUCAGCUGCUCAUAUGCCUGAAGAAGAAACUUUUGCAACUCGCUGCUUUGGUUUGGUUUCUGUCUGUGUAAAAGUUUCUGAAACUGAGGGUGUAGAAUAAAACUUUUCAAAGACACUUA